AUGCACCUUAAGCUCGGUGAAGUUUCCCACGUUGUCGUUUCUUCCCCGGAGGCUGCAAAAGAGAUGUUGAGAACUCAAGAUUCCAACUUUUCGCAAAGGCCAUUUCUCCUCGCGGCAAGCAAGUCUUUUGGCUUGGAUAUUGCAUUCGCUCCUUAUGGAGAUUAUUGGAGACAUCUUCGGAGAGUUUGCACACAAGAACUUCUGACCCUUAAACGUGUCCACUCCUUCCAAUCAAUUCGGGAAGAAGAAGUGUCGAAUCUCAUUCGAUUUCUACAUUCGAAUGGAGGGCGUGUCGUUAACCUUAGCGAAAAGUUGUUUUCCUUGACGUACUCCAUCACGGCAAGAUCGGCUUUUGGGAAGCAAUGUGAGGAGCAAGAGGAGUUCAUAGCUAUUGUCCACGAGAUUCUAAAGGUUGGUGGGGGCUUCAAUCUUUGUGAUGUCUUUCCUUCACAACAUUGGCUUCGUUGGAUUAGUGGCAUGGAGAAGAAGCUAGAGAGGAUUUUCGAAAAGUUUGAUCAAGUACUUGAAAACAUAAUUGAUGAAGCUAAAGAAGACAAGGCAAUGAGAAACAAUAAUAUUGAUGAUCAUUAUAAGGAUGCAGCAGCUGAAAGUUUGUUGGAUAUUCUCUUGAAUCUUCAGGGAAACGAUGAUCUUGGAUUCUUGUUGGAGACUAGAAACAUCAAAGCGAUUAUCCUGGAUAUAUUUGUUGGUGGGAGUGACACAUCAUCUACAGUCAUGGAAUGGGCAAUGCUAGAGAUGUUGAAGAACCCAAGACUCAUGGAAAAGGCACAAGCAGAGCCGGAGAGAUUCUACCCAGAAAGGUUUGUUGAGAGCUCGGUUGAUUUCAAAGGGACUGAUUAUGAGUUCAUCCCAUUUGGUGCUGGGAGGAGGAUGUGUCCUGGUAUACCAUUUGCAAUGGAAAAUAUUAAGUUUUCUCUUGCACAAUUGUUGUUCCAUUUUGAUUGGAAAUUACCGGAUGGGAUUAGCAAAGAGAAUUUGGUUAUGAGUGAGAGUUUUGGUUUGACUGUGAGAAGAAAAGGGGAUCUUCACUUGGUUCCAAUUCCUUGCAAUAUGUAA